UAUGUGUUUACGGUCCAGAUAGCAGCUUUCGACAUCCGGUCCAGGCCCCCACUGAAAUACCCUUCAGGGAUUGGAAAGUUUAUUUAGGGUUGACAACCACAGACGGAACUCUCGCUUCCUCCGAUCGGACAAACCGCAAGGCCGUGGAAUUAAUUUCUGCUGCCGGUUUUCGUUCGUGUUUCGCGGUAAAAAGUACUACCCUUCUCUUACUUUUUCCGCCCGAGGUCUACCCUCCUCCUCGCUGCUGCAUUUGACUUCCUUCGUCUUCACGUAACGCUAACAAACGGAGUUCUUGAGCUCAAUUUGAACGGUUUUUUUUUUGGAGCCAGCUGUCCUGAACAUCGGGUGUUUUCUCCAUCAUGUCAGCCGACCACCCCAUCUGCCAUACCGCUGCCACGGGCCCGUGCGCCGUGUGCGGCCAGCCCGGGCGGCCCUGCGCGCGGUGCCGCGUGCACUGCUACUGCGGCAAGGAGCACCAGAAGAAGCACUGGCCCAAGCACCGGGCGGGCUGCGGCAGCGUGGCGCUGCGCGACGGCGUCCUGGUGGCCGCCAAGGACAUCCCCGCGCACACCGUCAUCAUGCGCGAGCAGCCCUCCAUCUCCUUCCCCGCGUCGCCGCUCACGUACAACCAGAACCAGGAGAAUGUGAUGCUGUGUGUGGCGUGCUGCGCCGACCUGAGUGAGGUGCAGCCUCCCUGCCAGUGCCGCCACUGCGGGCUGCCCGUCUGCGACAAGGCCUGCAGCCAGGCCAGCGCCCACCAGCCGGAGUGCCAGGCGUUCCAGCGCGCCAAGUACAAGGUGCCCUUUGAGCAUGUCCUCGACGCCCGGGGCAUCCUGCUCGGCGCCUGCGUGGCCACGCUGCGAGUCGCUCUGGCGUAUCCAAAGAACCCUCUGCUUCAGCAUCUCAAGCGUGACUUGGAUUUCGACGAGAAGGGCCUCAAGAGCUCGCCCGAGGCCACGCGCGACAUGCUGGGCUACCAGACGUGCAUCGCCCUGGUGAUCCGCCACCUGCGCCAGCGCGUGGGCAUCUCGUGGAUCCCCGAGGCGGAGCUCGCCAGCGCCGCCCUCAUCGUCUGCAUGUUCGCCGAGUCCAUCUCCGGGCCCAGUCCGGACAGGUGGGACGACGUCGCCAAGCAGGCCUACUACGGAGUCCUGUACGUCGGGAUGUCCCUGAGGAAGCACAGCUGCUUCCCCAACACGGGUUGCAAAGUGCUGCGCCAGGAACUCAAUGAGUACGUCGUGGUCACGACGAGGGCCGUCGCUGCCGGUGAAUGCAUCACCAACAUGCACCAGGGCUGCCACUGGAUCGAGGACACGCUGAGGCGCCGCGACAUCGUGUUGGUGCGCUGGGGCUUCGUCUGCCACUGCGAGCGCUGCCGCGACCCCACCGAGCUCGGCAUGUACGUGGGCUCGCCCUGCUGCGCCGACUGUGCGGGUCAGUCCAAGCAGAGCUACCUGGUGCCUGCCAAUGCGGAGCUCAGCCGCUGGCGCUGCGAGGGCUGCGAGAAGGAGAUGACUGCGGCCGCGGUGAAGGCGCUGACGGAGCCAGCGUCCAAGCAGCUGAUGGAGCUGCACGACGCUUCACCAGACAGGCUGUUCAAGUUCAUCGAUGCCCACCUCUACCCGCGAGGCCCGCUGCACCGCACCCACACUCUGGUGUUGCGUGCCAGCGAGUACAUCAGGACCGACAUCUUCCACCGCAGAGCCGACGAGACAGCCUCCGCGGGUGACUUGGACCGCUGGGAGGCGAUGACGCGCGGCCUGCUGCGGGCCCUGGACCGCCUGCUGCCCGGCACCUGCGAGUCGCGCGUGCUGCACCUCAUGGAGCUGCGGCGGCUCGUCCUGCGCCGUCUGCGGGUGGCUCAGGAAAAUGGCAUGCUGGCCACGAUGAUGGGCAUGUUCGGCGGUCCUCGGAGCCAGGACACUGGGCGGAAGAUUGCCGAGUACAAGCAGGCUGUUCUGGAAGUGAACAAGGAGCUCCGUCGCUAUCACUUCGGCAGAGAGGAAGAUGACCCGAAACGAAGUCUUCGAGAAGACCCCUUCGGCGGUCGAUAGUUCUUCGUUUCGGACUCGUUCGUCAUUGUAUCGGUGGCACUUGUCUAAUUUUUGGAAGUUAGUAGAAUUGUGAAUCUGACCGCGAACCCACCGUAUGCAAUGGAAUUCUUACUGCUCUUUUGUUUUCCAAUUAGGUUGGAUCGCCUCAAGUUUUUCAAGGUUUGGUGUUUUGGGGUGCUUUAUCAUUUUCCUUUAAAUUCAAUUUUUAAUAGUUAAGCUUUGCGUCAGCUGGCACCCAUGUGUGUGACUUAUGCUAAGAAAUAGAGUUUCAUUUCCAGCUUUUUGUCUGUAAUAGUUUUCAUUUGAGUCGACUUGACAUGCUAAAGUGUUAUCAAGAAAUCAUGAGAACUUGGUUUUAUUAGGAAACAAUUUCGACUUUUGGUCAUCUUAGUACUGUUCCAAGGAGUAAAAGCCGUAUGAAGCUGGCAUCUGCCUCUUUCCCUUUUCAUAUAUUUGUGAUUGUUAGCGCGUUCUUGUCUACGGAUGUCUCGUGUUGUCUUCUCAAUGUUAACUUUAGUGUGCAUGUUCUUGGAGCUUUGAAUCUUACAGACGAUUUUUGAACACGUUUGCUUUUAUGUAUGACGGUAGGUAAAGUAAAAAUAAACAGGUUGAUUAAUGACUUA